AUGAGCUUCUACAGCCUUCACGUGACUCUACACCAUGAGAUCGCCAAAGUCCAGUCUCGCUUCUAUUGGGCAGGUGACAACAAUAAGCACAAAUACCAUAUGGUCAGCUGGCCUGACAUUUGCAAGCCUCGGGAACAAGGUGGCCUCGGUAUCAUGUGCUCUAAGCGCAUGAAUAUUGCCCUCCUAUCCCGCUGGCUCUGGCGCAUCUCGCAAGGUCACGGUGGCCUCUGGUUAGACAUCAUCCGGAACAAGUACCUGCGUGGGCAACCCCUAGCCUUCUGUCAGCGCACUGGUGGUUCCCAGUUCUGGCAGUCGGUCGUCCAACUUCUCCCAGUUCUCCGCAUUGGGACCUCCAUCUUGGUUGGAUCUAGGGCUGCGACUUUGUUCUGGUUUGACCGGUGGGCUGGCGACACCCCCUUCGCGGCGCGCUUCCCCGACCUCUUCUCCAUCGCUGUCGACCCUUCGAUCUCAGUAGAGAGGGCCCUUAUUGACUUAGGGUGCCUCGCAUUCCGGAGGCCAUUUGGGCCUCCGGAUUCCGCCGACUCGCGUGAGUUGCUUGAUUGCGUCACUCUCCACGAGCCGAUAGUGGACGCUGGCGCGGAUCAGGUGAGGUGGCACCUUGUGCCGUCAGGCCAAUUCUCCACCAAGUCCCUGAACCAGGCCAUCGCCCCCUCCACCGCGCCUGCUCCCCUUACGGCGAUGUGA